AUGAAAACUACCGACGCCAGACACCGGGACGGGGCCGGGGUGGAGGCGACGAUGGAGAAUUUCUCGGCGCUAUUCGGAGCUCAGGCUGACCCUCCACCGCCCCCAACCGCACUCAGCUUCGGACCAGGGAAGCCACCACCUCCGCCUCCCCCUCCUCCGGGCGGGGGCCCCGGCACUGCCCCGCCGCCCACCUCGGCCACAGCCCCGCCCGGCGCCGAUAAGUCAGCGGCUGGCUGUGGUCCCUUCUACCUAAUGCGGGAGCUUCCAGGUAGCACCGAGCUGACAGGCAGCACCAAUCUGAUCACACACUACAACCUGGAACAUUCCUAUAAUAAAUUCUGUGGGAAGAAGGUGAAGGAGAAGCUAAGUAACUUCCUGCCUGACCUGCCAGGGAUGAUUGAUCUGCCUGGUUCCCAUGAUAACAGCAGCCUCCGCUCCCUCAUUGAGAAGCCCCCUAUUCUUGGUGGCUCUUUUAAUCCUAUCACAGGGACCAUGCUGGCUGGCUUCCGGCUCCACACUGGCCCGUUGCCAGAGCAGUGUCGUCUGAUGCACAUUCAGCCUCCCAAGAAGAAGAAUAAGCACAAGCACAAACAGAGCCGCACCCAGGACCCCGUUCCCCCAGAAACACCAUCUGAUUCCGAUCACAAGAAGAAGAAAAAGAAAAAAGAGGAGGAUCCUGAACGGAAAAGGAAGAAGAAAGAGAAGAAGAAAAAGAAGAACCGACACAGUCCAGACCACCCAGGCGUGGGCAGCUCUCAGGCCAGCAGCAGCAGCAGCCUCCGCUAACAGGGCUCCACCAGAAUGGCUUCUCCUGCCUGAGGAAAGCUGCCGUCCAGGUUCAGACGCUGCCGCGGGAGCGGCCCCUGCAGCCGGGACAGAAGCCAGCUCCUCCUGUGCUCGGCUAAGAUGAAUGCAUUACAGGACAGAAGGGCCAUGCUUUUGUUAAGGCUCAGCCCGGGUGGCUUUCUCACGGACAUCUCUUCCUCUCCCAGGAAGCUUCCUUUUCAUCUCUUUUGUGCAACUGGUCUGAUUUAGGACAUUGUCACAUUUGUUAGGUUUUUGGUUUUUUUUUUUAAUUUGCAUUUAUCAAACUGGGUGAACUGCGGCUGCCUAUUGAGAGGUAAGUGCCUUUCUGUGUGAGUCAGGGUUGAAGCCAAGGCAUUCAAAGACCUGAGGUAAUUCGGGUCUUAUCAUUACGUUAUCUCAUUAGCAGGCAGGGAAACCACCAAAGUAAGAUUGGGGAGCAUGGUCACAGUGAGGCAGAGCUCGCCAGCACACAUCUAUGGCGGGCACACAACACUCUGCCCGUAGCGUUCAGAACCAGGCACCUGGACUUACCCAUCUGAAGAGCUGAUCCAGUUAAGGCUCAACUGUCUUUGGAGUCCGUUUUGCAUUGAAACAGAACAGCCAACUGGAAAAGCACUCAGUCACCAGUGUAUUUCAACAAGCUUAAUAAUCUGGUCAAGCUUGUGGGGUUGUGUUGUUGUUGUUGUUUUUUAAAUAAACCUCUGGCAAGCAAAGGUAAA